UUUCUUUGGUUAGGAAUAGUUUGAAAGAUAUCUUGAUGGUUAUGAGUACGUCCAACGAUUUCAUUAUUUCAAAACACAAUUCGCACAUUUAUCCAGCUUGCCAGUCGUGAACCAGCCAAGCAAAUCGCACGCACUGUUCCUCAUAUCAAUUCAUUAGAGCUACGUACAUCCACCACUUACCUGCUGAAAUUCAUCUAAUGUCUCUCGGUCCUUUGAAAAGAGGUCUCUUAUCCAGUAUCUACCAAAACCGCUUAAGCCAUCACUGAUAAAUUCCAGACCCAUUGACAAAGCACCUACAUACCACUAUUCUGCUGCCACUGAACGACUUGCCAAUGACAUAAUCAGCCCCGCCCAUAUCAUUCAGAGGGAAACCUCAUUAACCCUCAUGAAGGUGCUCGCUAAAUAUUUCUGUGCUGUAUCUCGUCAUUUCAGAGCAUCUCCUCCAAAAUGAUCCGACUCAUCCUAACCGUUCUUCUACUUUGUUUACAAACUGUUCUCUCCGGCUCUCUGUCAGUCAUCAAUCUAGAACCAUUUCGCCCUAUCGUUCCGGCUUCGACCACGAAAAUGGAUCCCAAAUUAGCUUAUCAGAAAGCCGUUCUGCCCGUGCCUAAACUUCAUUUUGUAAGACCCUCGAAGGCCGGAUCCGGAUUUUAUGACUCGCCUCAGGUUCAAUCUUUCCAAGGGUCUCCAUACUUUGGCGGCUUCUUCUCGAUUCAACCAGAUUCAAAGACUCCAACUCUAGAACAAGAUCCUUCGUAUCAGUUUAUUCCGAGACAGAGCCCUUCACAAGAUGACUUUGAACAAAGCGAACCCCAAGCACCAUCAGCUCAAGCAAGGUCUUCAGAAACCGAGGAUGGCGAUUAUCAGUACGAAAAUCUGGAGAUUGACGAAUACAGUCGUCCUGUUUUUAAGAUCUAUGACGCAGUUCCUGUCCAGUAAUGAUGUACUUAUUGCUCAGUACAAAUACAUUGCACAGUUGUUAAAACUA